UUACAGCCUAGUGGAUCAAUUUUCACCGCAUUUGCACGCAAAGAUAAAGAACCAGUCAGUUACUCACAUUGCAGCCAUACCAAUCCACAAGUUUGUGCUCGACUUGUUCAAUGGCUCACGGAAUCUAACCGGCCUCUGAAUAUCAUCAAUGAUCGUGCUCUUCAAGACCUUCUCACUGCUGGUCGCCCAUCAAUUCAACUCCCCUCACGUUUUACCAUAUCACGGGACAUCAAGGCUUCAUUUGAAAAAUGUAGUGACCAAAUUGGAAAACUACUUCGAGAAUAUCCUGGUCGCCUUCACUUUGCCACUGAUGCGUGGACUUUGCCCAAUCAUAGAGCAUUCGUGGCCUGGACAGUGCACCUGGAAUUCAAUGGCGAAAUGCUCUGUUUCCUCCUGGAUAUCGUGGAGCUUGCAGAGGUUUGUGAUAUUUACCUCGCAGUACCUUCAAUGAGAGUGUUCUGA